AAUAGGAAACAAUUAAACGGUUAGCCGAUAUUUCAGAGGGACAUACGUAAGGCCCAUCAACAGGCAAACGAUAGUCAUAAUAAGUGGCCGCAAAUAUGAUAUCUUCAAACAACUUGGAGCCGUUGACACCUCAACGGCAUUUGGAGAUGACUACUGAACAGAAGAUAGUGACAUGUAAACGUGUAGGUCAAGCAAUUAAUAUGGCUGUCGAUCGUUUGGUGACAAUUGGGGAAAUUAUAGCUGAAGGAUUUCAAGAUAUCAAGGCUGAUAUGUUUGACUGCUGCAAAGAUGCUAGAGAUACUGGAAAAUCGAUUGAACAAUUGUGCUUAUCUGGCGAUAUGGUUAAUGAGGCUGGUAGUUUGGCAGUAGGUAUACCCAAAACGUUUGUAGAUCAUACGGCCAUUAUAUUGGCCUCUCGCUCCCUACUAACCUCUAUAACUAGAGUUCUGUUAUUGGUUGACAUAAUUGUGGUUAAACAACUAUUUACAUUCAAAUAUAAAGACAGCAAAUGUCCUCAGAAUCUGGAGUGUGUUAUGAACUUUACAAAAUUUGUGCAAGCGUUUUCUGCGUUUGGCACGGAAAUGGUUGAAAUGACCUGUUUGACAUCAAACGCUGCCAACAACAGCUUGAAAGAGGAAAGAAGGCGUUCAGAAAUUCUGUCUGCCCGCCAAGUUUUGGAUCAUUCUGUGAAAGUGCUGAUAACCUCAUCGAAAGUUUGCAUGAUCCACUACAAUUGCGUUAUAGCGAGAGAAAAUCGAAAUACGGUAUUUUGCCAAAUACGACGUGGCAUGGAUCAUAUACAUUUUAUAAUUAAGGAUGCGAUUCUAGAGUCUGAAUGGCAUUCAUCAAAGCAGCACUACUCCUACUACAACAACGAUGAGCGUGGCACCAUUCAUGCAACAAUACAACACUUUACCUAUCUAAUGCAAUGUUGCCGCUAUAAAACGAAACACACUGAUCCCUAUUUGAAUGCCAAACUUAAUCACAAUGUCUAUAGGAAAAAGUCCAUUGAAAAGCGCUGGCCGAUUGACAAUAAAAGCAAAAAACUAUACGACUCCAGCGGUCUACCCGAGGGUGAACGUUUGUUAAAUGAAUGCUAUGGCUUGGAUCACUACUCCACCAGCAGUAGCAGCAACAGUCCUAAGUACAAGACAAUCAGUCCAGAUUGCGUGUGUGGUGACCUCAUAGAAAAGAUCUUGAUAUCCUUUGAUCGAAUUUUAGAGAAUAUUCACGAUUUCACAGAUUCUCCCUAUACGAGCCAUGAAAUGCGUGAAAAUAUUUUAAUAUAUUGCGAUCACUGCACAAGAGAACUCAAUAAGUACCUACGGAAUGUUGUUGGUAAACAAGGUGAACAGCAACAAUAUUCCAAAGAUCAUUUUCAAGAUGAAUAUAUUGACACCGUGCUAGCGACAGUGAAAACGCUUUCCGAACAACUGAUCAAUUCUGCCCUUGAACAGUCGCGUGAAAUGUUUAAGGCUCUGAAAGUGUCUACUGAUCUAGUCAAUAACCUAAACGUGGCCAUUUCCCAACAAAACUUGCCGCAUUUUACACAACAAGUAAAUGAAUUUCAUGAACAUUGUGAUCAUAUACUGGAAGUGUGUAAGCUAUUACGACAUAUAGCUGUUCAAGAUGCUUUAAAAGAGCAGGCUAGUCACGUCUCGAUUAAUCUAAGAAUCUAUGGACCGCAAGUGAUAUUAGCUGCCAAAAUCUUAACAAAAUUCCCUUUAAGCAAUGUGGCUAGUGAAAACUUUGAUGCCUUUGUGGAAAUGUGGACUUGGCUGGUAACGGAGGUUACGUUGGUAUCGAAAAAGAUAUUGGAGUCAACGACCGACAUAAACGAUCACGAUUUGAAAUAUUUGUCUAUGGGAACGAAUGCUACUGCUGAAGUUAAACCGACUAAAACGGUUAAUUUUCAAAAUGAGCUACCUGUGGAAAUUGGAAAGGAGGUGGAUUUGGAAACCGAAACUGUUAAAAGAGAUCUACAGCCUCGCUGGAAUGAAGAGUUAUGUGAUAAUGAUAUAAUAAAACGAGCUAAAAAUUUAUCAGCCAUGGCGUUCUUAAUGUAUCAGUUUACUAAGGGAAAUGGUUCACUGAAAACCACCCAAGACCUCUUUACUCAAGCGGAAUAUUUCGCCGAGGAAGCAAAUCGUUUGUAUAAGAUUUUGAGGCAAUUUUCGUAUCAGGUUCCUGCUAGUCCACACAAAAAGGAUUUACUUAACAUUUUAGAUCGAGUGCCGACAUUUGUACAAUCACUACAAUUCACUGUAAAGGACCAUACCGUAGGUCCAUCAGCUACUUAUGUGAAAGUAGAUCAUGUUAUCAGGGAAACAAAAAAUUUAAUGUGCGUUAUCAAUAGUGUUGUGACAAAGUGCCUAGAAUGUGCUACCAAGUACAACUUGGACUUUAAUAGUGUUGCUGGCGGCAUAACGGCUGGUACUAUGGGUGCCGAUGAUUGUGGCGGCGGAGCCAUGGACUCGAAGGGUACUACCAAUAGCACUGAAGGCAGCAUGUGACAUUACGGGAUGGCUCGAAGAGCCAAAGGUGACACGCGUCGAACUCGCGUGUCCUUUUUACUUUUCUGAUUGUUAUUCAUCGAAUCUCUAGUUGUUACACUUUUAAACAAAUUUAAAUUUUCUGUAUGCUAUUUAUCGGUGGAUUUAAACGUAAUGUACUUCGUUGUGUAAAAAAAAAAACUUUAUUUUGUGGUUUACAUAUAACUAAAUGUACGUAUUAUACGUUAGGAACAUAAUAAUCAAAUUUUAGCAUGCGACGGACAAUAAUGUUUUUAAAAACUUUCAAUAUAUGAAGCAAGGGCGCAAACAAGGACGUAUAGAUCUGGUUUUACAAAAUAUUUUCU